GAACUACAACUACUCAUCAUGAGCAUCUCAUCACAACUCGCACUCUCACACGCAUUAUAUCAAACACAAAGCCCUCAUUUUUCCAUCUCCUCUCGCCGCCACCGUGAUCUCCAUCACCAUCGAUCUCCAUUGCUUCCCUAAUCUUUGAUCGGAUCCAUCGCAUGUUCUUCUUCUUCAUCUCUGUCGCUGGUUUGUGGCCUCGAUCGGGCUCCCGAUCUUCAGGUUUCGUUCAGAUCUGAAUCUUUUUUUAGGUUGUUGUAGCGGUGGUUGUUGUGUAGGUUGAGAGAAAUUGGCGCCGCAGAGGAGGUCUCAGCGCCACGCCGGCGCCGGCGCCGGGCAGAUGCAACAGGGCAAUGCCGCGGCGGCGGCGGCCGCGCUUUAUGACCAUCAAGGCGUUGGGGAUGCGGGAGAUGCUGUGAUGGCAAGGUGGUUGCAGUCUGCUGGCUUGCAGCACCUCGCUUCCCCUCUCGCCUCCGCUGAUCAGCGCAUGCUCCCCAGCCUUCUUAUGCAGGGUUAUGGGCCUCAGACUGUGGAGGAGAAGCAGAAGCUUUAUAAGCUUUUGAGGAAUCUGAACUUCAAUGGGGAGUCUGGCUCUGAGCCUUAUACCCCAACUUCACAGAGUUUUGGAGGGGGUGGUGCUGCAGACGGGUUUUAUUCACCUGAGCUCAGAGGAGAAUUUGGAGCUGGACUUUUGGAUCUUCAUUCUAUGGAUGAUACUGAGCUUGUUCCUGAGCAUGUUUUGUCAGAGCCAUUUGAACCGUCUCCUUUUAUCCCUGCUAGAGGUUCUGAUAAUGAAUUUGAUGCAGUGACUAGUAGACAGCACCAAGGGCAAGCAGAUAAUAAUAUUAGAUCAGCAGCUAUUGAUAAAGAGAUUGUUCCGAAGGACAGCAAUGUUGCCAAGAUUAAAGUUGUGGUGCGUAAGAGACCACUGAAUAAAAAGGAAUUGGCCCGAAAAGAGGAUGAUAUAGUUACUGUACAUGAGAAUGCAUAUUUAACAGUCCAUGAGCCUAAAGUAAAGGUGGACUUGACCGCAUAUGUGGAGAAGCAUGAGUUCUGUUUUGAUGCUGUUUUGGAUGAGCAUGUUAGUAAUGAUGAGGUCUAUCGUGCAACAGUUAAGCCAAUAAUACCUACCAUUUUUGAGAGAACAAAAGCCACAUGUUUUGCUUAUGGUCAAACCGGCAGCGGCAAGACAUUCACCAUGAAACCACUGCCCCUAAGGGCAGUAGAAGAUAUUGUUCAUUUGUUGCGCCAGCCUUAUUAUCGGAACCAGAGAUUUCGAUUGUGGCUUAGUUAUUUUGAAAUAUAUGGUGGAAAGCUUUUUGACCUUCUUAGUGAGAGGAGGAAACUCUGCAUGAGGGAAGAUGGUAGGCAACAAGUCUGCAUUGUUGGUUUGCAGGAAUUUGAGGUAUCAGAUGUGCAGAUCGUUAAGGAAUUUAUUGAGAAGGGGAAUGCUGCUAGAAGCACAGGGUCCACAGGAGCUAAUGAAGAAUCAUCAAGAUCACAUGCUAUUUUACAACUUGCUAUCAAGAAGCACAAGGAAGUCAAAGAGACAAAAAGGCACAAUGAAAAUACCGAGUCCAGAGAUGGAAAGGUUGUCGGAAAAAUCUCAUUUAUUGACCUUGCUGGUAGUGAACGUGGGGCGGACACCACUGACAAUGACAGACAGACACGGAUUGAAGGAGCAGAGAUUAACAAGAGCCUUUUGGCUUUGAAGGAGUGUAUCCGUGCCCUUGACAAUGAUCAGAUUCAUAUCCCAUUUCGAGGGAGCAAAUUAACAGAGGUGCUUCGUGACUCUUUUGUUGGCAAUUCAAGGACUGUGAUGAUUUCCUGCAUUUCCCCGAAUGCAGGUUCUUGUGAACACACACUCAAUACACUGAGAUAUGCUGAUAGGGUUAAAAGUCUUUCCAAGAGUGGCAAUUCUAAGAAAGAUCCAACCCUUGCGCCUUCAAGCAAGGAAUCAUCCACGACAUCAUCAAUUCCUCUUUCAGUUGAACCAGAGGAUUCAUAUGAUCAAACUCAAGAGAUGAGAGUGACUGAGACAUCUCGGAGGAAUGUGGAAAAUAAUUUGUAUAGUUCUACAACUGAAUCUGAAAGAUAUACAUCCAACACACGGUCAAAUUACAGUUCUAAUGGAAGGGAAGAAAGUGGGCCCACAUCUGGUUCACUGCUGGAGAGAGAAAAGGCUGACCUGAAAAAUAAUUAUGGUGGCCCAUCAAGUCACAAGUUAUAUGCUUCUUCCCAGGCCACAUUCGGUAUUCAGGAAGAAGAAAAAGCCUCAAAAGUCUCUCCUCCACGUCGAAAAACCGCCAGGGAUGAGAAAUACGAAAAGCAGAAUAAUUGGCCUAAGAAAGACACUGCACCUGAUUUGCCUGCCGCAAGCCAUAAGCAGCAGCAGCAGCAGAUGUAUGAUACCAGGUCAAAUAAUGUUUCCUCAAGGCAAUAUGAACAGGAGACAACAUUUGAGGAUGGGGAGAUUGAUGCUAUACUGGAGGAAGAGGAAGCUUUAAUAGCUGCCCACAGGAAAGAAAUUGAAAGUACAAUGGAGAUUGUCCGUGAAGAAAUGAAUCUACUGGCUGAAGUAGAUCAACCAGGCAGCAUGAUUGACAACUACGUGAGCCAGUUAAGCUUUGUGCUUUCUCGGAAGGCUGCCGGUCUUGUCAGUCUUCAGGCCCGCCUAGCAAGGUUUCAGCAUCGCCUAAAAGAGAGGGAGAUUCUUAGCCGCAAGAAAGCUCCCAGAUAAUUGCUCUUGUCCCAAUCAUCCAUUGCCAUAGCUGUUGUAUCAUUGUCACACCUGGUUCUGCCGCCGCCGAGCCGUCUUCUGUUGUGAUCUUCCAAUUUUUUCUUGUAUCAUCAACCCUUGGGUGAAGGAAGCCAUUCCUGCUGACAUAUAUGAUACAAGAACCUUCCUCGGAUUCUUAUUAUUUUCCUUGUAUUUCAUUUCCUUACUUGAUGUUGUAUCUCACCCAUUUUGUGGUGUGUUAUUGGUUGGUUGCACUGAUGGGAAGCAUUAGUUUAUUGCGGGGUGGGUUUUAGCUGGUGGCUAUGGUGGUGUUGGUGUGGGCAUCCCUCUCCCUUGGAUUUGCUCCAAUUUAUACAGUCAGUCUUCACUCGGGUUGGAAAACGGCAGUGUAAGCCUGUUUUAAGUUUGCAGAGAAUGUGCGUGAAGAUUGAUGAUAGACAGUUAACCCCAGGAAAAAACAAACAUCAUGUGAGCUUUUCAUAAUUCAUGCAUCAUUAUGUUGACAGCUUGCUGAAUUUGUUUCGUAUUUGCUUUGGCAGGUUCAGUUCUUUGUUGAUUUUUACCGGAUGGAGUCAAUUCGUAUAUCUAAGUGUUAGUAAAUUUGAUAAAAUUCAUAGUUGAAUA